AGUAAUAGCUUGCACAAAGUGGUUCUGUUGCUUCAAUAAUGUCAAGAUUUGGUGGAGCUUCAGUCAGUGUGGUUCUGUUCACUCUGUACUGCAUGAGAUUGGGUGAGAGCGCAAAUGACCUCACCCCGGCAACAAGCACUUCGAAAACCGCAACAUGUUAUCGUACAGGCUUCGGAAUGAUCUUGGAGUGCAUUUUAAAAAAUGUCCACAUCGGAGAAACGGAGACAAUUACGGCGAACUACUUUACUGAUUCCGAAAGAGGACAAGAUGUAUCACAUUUAAAGUUUGAAAACUCAACGAUCAGCACACUACCGAGGGCACUGUUGUCGGCAUAUCCGAACGUUCGAGUCAUUGCUCUCAACAGUCUGCAGAUAAGAACGCUUGAACGUGGUGCUUUCGAUCAAGGUGGACAAGUGAAGAUGGUGGAUCUGUCUUCCAACAAUAUUGCGCACCUUGAUCCUGAUGCAUUCAACGGUCUACCAUUGUUGCGACUACUGAAUCUAAACGAAAACAACCUUUCCCAGCUGCCGGUUGGUUUAUUUUCAUCCAACAAACGCCUAGUGUCGUUAACAAUUACAAACAACCACAUUGCUCGGAUCGAAGACAACACAUUUACCGACUCCCUGCAGCUGCAGCAUGUUGAUUUCUAUAACAACAGUAUCGAACAUUUUGAUCUCAGCCAAAUCUCUCAAGCAACCACGAUCGAUGUAAGCAACAACAGGCUCACACAGAUUAAGAUGCCGGCACAGGUGAAGGCACUGUUGGCGUCGCACAAUCGCAUCACUAGCAUUUUACCGAAUGGGAAAAACAAACACCUAAAUCUGCUCUACCUUUCCCAUAACAAACUGCGCGACAUUUCCUGGCUAUCGAUGUUUCCGGAGCUGGAAGCUCUCGAUCUAGGCUACAACGAAAUCGAAUCCGUCCGUCCCGAGUACUUUCCAGCACAAAUGAGGCUGGAAAAACUGCUGCUGAACAGUAAUCGAUUGAUGAGUUUCGAUCUAACAGGGGUAUCACUGAAGCAGCUUCGUUUGUUGGAUCUUUCCCACAAUCUGCUAACGUCUGUGGAGCGUAACAGCGCACUGUUCGACAGACUGGACAAGCUCUACCUUCACGGCAAUGGGCUCAAGACGCUGAAGCUAUCCGCCAACAACAAUGUACAGGAAAUUCAAUUGGCUAAUAACGACUGGGAUUGUGUGAACCUGCGUCAACAGCUCCAAGUAAUAAGCUCGAGCGCUAUCUCGAAACGUGAUGAAUCGUGCAAACCGGGCUAUACACACGCUAGUGAGUUGUGCUGCAGAGAGCACGCCGUUACUGUUGGAGGUGAGCAAGAGGCUUAAGAACUCAGACCGAACCAUCGUUUUCGUUACAGAUUAUUUGUUUGCUAGUUGGACAAUCAAAUGUAACCUUUAAUCAUAAGGUCUUAUAUAACUACGAUAAUGUUCUUCCGAAAAUAACUGAUGGAAUAAAAUGGAGAUCCUUUUCGUGCUACUCAACGCGAUAAAGAACAUUA